AUCUAGAAUGUACCAUGUACAGUAUUUUGGUGAUGCUUGUGAGACAGGAUGGGUUUAUGGUUCCUCAACAAUGAAGUUUGAAGGCAAAAGAGCAUUUGAAGAAUAUGUAAUGGAAACCCUCCAAUGUGCAAGGAAAUCUGAAAAAUCAAAGCUGGACAAAUUAUACAAAAUCCCUUCCUGCAGAGCAGUAUCAUUGAAUAUUGCUAUUGAGGAAGGUGAAUCAUCACUGCAGCUUGGCAGAGAGGCACGUUCACAAGAAUAUGCUUUUAAUUAUGAACCAAAGUCUAAUCCCAAAAGGGAGAAGAAAAGAGUGUUCCUGACCAAUAAGGAUAAAACCAGCACAAAGAAGAGAAAAAUUAGUAUGGAUAACAACUCUCCUGUUGAAUCAAAGCAUAAAAAGAUAAAAAUUUCAGGGAGUCAGUCUCUUAAAAAUGUGAAGGAAAAGAGUCUUCAGCUAACAGAACAAACACAACAAGAAGCAGAAAGGUUAGAAGAUAGCACAUCAUUGGGGACCAGAAUGGAAUCAGUAGAAAACAAAGACCAAGGACCAGUGAAUGAUGCAUGUGUGGAGACAGACAAAGAAGAUGUGGUCAAAAAUUGUGCUGAAAUUAUUAAAACUGUUAUAAAGAUUGAACCAAAAGAUAGUGACGACUACAAUGAAGAAAAUCAGUAUGAAGAUGAGAGGGGAGUGUAGAUACAACAGGAAUGUCACACAGCACCACUGUAUAAUUCAGUAUAUAAUUUGAUUUUACUUUUAACCAUAGUUUAGCAAUUAUAUCUUUGUUUUACUCACUCUUUGUAAGAGGGAAGGGUUUUAGAGAGAUCUCUUAUUGAGAAUUUCUUUGUAAAUAUGUCUGAACUCUUUUAUUUUAAUGUAAUUUUUAUACCGUAAGAAUUUUAAUUGCGAAAUUUAUUUAAAAAAAAAAACUUUUUUCAAAAGCUGAAAGAACUAUGCAAUCUAUAGUUUGAAGUAUAUGCCUUAUUUAAUGGAGAUUUUCUGUGGUGUACUGAAGU